AUCCUCCAUCCCCCAUCCUAAAAAAACGCGACGGCGGCACCCAUCUUUCUGACUGCCGCUUGACUUCUCUUCUUUUCUGGAGGGGCCUAUCCGACUGCUUUAGAAGACGGUCGGCUUCGGCUCAAGCUCUACAGAGUCGCUACACGGAGUACGCGGCCCUGAGAGAGAAAGAGAGAGGGGCGCAGGCGAAGGGUAGGAAGGGGGCCGAGCAUCCACGCCGAGGGACCUGCCUACCUGCCCGACGAACGCCGUGGUGCCUCUCUCAGCUGCUGGCGUCCGUUCCAAGAUGUCGGGUCCUUCAGCAUGCUCUCAUCCCGUGCAAGUCGCCGGUCUUUGCGCUAUCUGUGGCAUUGAGGUUGACAGCAGCAGUCAGAGCAUCAAUGGCUCGGCUAACGACAGCAGCAACGGAGGGUCCGAAGGCGGAGGAGGAGCAGGGGGAGGGUCAGGAGGCAGCGGGACGAUGCAUGAGCUCUCGGGCGUCAAGGUCUCGACAGCUGAGGCGCAGAGGCUCGAUGACGAAAGUCGGGCCCGGCUCUUGGAGCAGAGGAAAUUGGCCCUCAUCGUCGACUUGGACCAGACGAUCAUCCACGCCACUGUGGAGCCCACGGUGGGAGACUGGAUGCGUGAUCGAGACAAUCCCAACUUUGAAGCUCUCAAGAACGUCGGCACGUUUCGAUUAGGCACCGACGGCAAGGCCAUCCUCGGCCACGACUCGGUCGGCGACGACAAGGCGGAGGGCAGAGGAGGCCAAGCAGGUGGCGCAGAGCAAAGUGGGGAGGAAAAUAAGGAAGAAGGGUGCUGGUACUACGUAAAGCCGCGGCCGGGGCUCCAAGACUUUCUCCGGACCUUGAGUCAGUCAUACGAGAUGCACGUCUACACGAUGGGCACCCGGUCCUACGCGGAGUGCGUCUGUCGGCUCGUAGAUCCCGACGGAACGCUGUUUGGGGCCAGGAUCCUGUCCAGAGACGAAAACGGGAGCAUGCUCCAAAAGAGCCUGAAAAAGCUCUUUCCCCUCGACACGACGAUGGUCGUCAUCAUCGAUGAUCGAGCAGAUGUGUGGAAAUGGAGCCCGAACUUGGUCAAAGUGGUCCCCUUUGACUUCUUUGUCGGCAUCGGCGACAUCAAUGCGACCUUUCUGCCCGCGGCACCCUCGGUACCUGCUCCCACGACACUCGAAGGGCCAGGCGGCGGGCUCGCCGAGGAGGACGAUGCUGCAUCGUCAUCGUCCUCAGCACCUUCGAUUGCUGCGUCUUCUCCGGCUGCGUCUUCUUCCACGCCUGCUGCAUCAUCGUCAUCGUCGUCACCAUCAUCCCCUUCGAACCCUCCGUCUGAGGCAGGGCAGAGUCCAUUGACGGAGAAAGAAAGAUCUGAAGACGACGCUACGACAGCCGAAGACGAUAUCGCUGCAAAGGAGGUAGCCGACCGAAGCCAGAAGAGCGCCGUGUCGGCUCAGCUUGGAGCCAGACACCUGGCCAAGAUGCAGGAGGCGCUCGACGAGAAAAUGAGCGAAGGCUCGACCGAAGGUGCUCAGGAGACCAGCGGCGGCUCGACGUCGGUGGAAGAGUCGGCAGCACCGCUCCCCACGCCUUCUCCUUCGCCUGAUCCUGUUCCUAGCCAGAGUCCGCAGCAGCGGGCAGUCCUGCGGGAUGACGACGAGGAACUCGACAGGGUGCACAACAUCCUCGGAGAAAUCCACCAGCAGUGGUACUCGCAAUGGGACUCCUUCCCAGCAUCGCGAGACAAGAAGGGAGAAGAGGUGAAAAGAGCAGAGACCGCCUCGCCUGCUGUCAAGGAUAUUUUGGCCGACCUCAAGCGGCGUGUCCUUGCGGGCUGCCGGAUCGUCUUUUCCAGCAUCGUGCCGCUCGAGACCGAUCCGAUCGGGACGGAUCUGUGGCGCUUGGCCCUCGAGUUUGGCGCGACGUGCACCACGGAUUUGGAGUCUGGAGGCGUCACUCACGUUGUCGCCGCCAAGCCGGGGACGAUGAAGGUGUGGAUGGGCCAAAAGCGCGGGUUACAUGUGGUGUGGCCUGCCUGGCUGCACGACUCGGCCGCUCGAUGGCGUCGGCAACCGGAAGCAUGGUAUGCCCUGCAAAUGCACCAGGGCAAUCCCAGAUCGCGAAAGGACGGCGAGGAAGUCUCUGUGGCUCCUUCGGUGGAGGAGGAGCCGCUGGCGAUUGCCGGUGAUGAAGAGGAGGACGAUGACAAGAAUGAGCAAGGGACCGGAGAGGGCGGCCAAGAGCAGCAGGAGGGCUUCCAGUCGAUGGACUGGAAAGAAGCCAUGGACGAGGUGGAUGAGGUGUUAGCGGGCUUGACGGACGACGACGAUGACGACCAGACCACCGACGGUGGCUAUUCGACGACUGUGCACACGCCCAUUGCCAGCAACAUCCUUGGCAGCAACAAGCGGGCGAGGGACGGGGAAGACGGCGAUGAGGGAGAGGAAGGCCUGCGUUCCGAGGCGGAGAGCGAGGCUGACGAUGACGAUGACGACGGCGGCAGCGGCGGCGGUGGGGCGACACUAUCGCCAUUGAGCAAGCGGAGACGACUGGCCGAGCUCCGCGCUGGCCACUCGAAGCUCAAGAUGCAGCUCAAUACCCGCGACAGCCGGAGCGCAACCCCAAACGGAGAGAAAGGAGGGAAGGAAAUGGCGGGGGGAGAGGAGGAAGAGCAGGACGAAGAGUUCCUCAAGUCGCUCGAGGAAGAGCUGGAGUUGCAGAUGGGACGAUCUGAGGAGGUUGCUCCCGGAUAG